UGCCAGUCAGGCAGGGAUUGGGAGAGAACGUUUUGAUUCUGAGAUGUAUGGACUUGUGUUUCCAAAUUACUAGACGUAGAAUUUUGGUGUGAUCUGGGAGGCGAGUAGGCCUGUGGUGAUCAAGGAUGACUUGAGGCACACAGGGUCCAACAUCAGAGACAUAGAGUAGUGGUGGAAUGAUACGCAUGCGCUGUUUGCCCCGUCGCCCUGUGAGCCCUUGCCUCAAUGAUGCACACGAUCUACCGCUAUACCUUCUUUUGGUCUCUUCCAAUUUGUGGUCCGCUGGACCUCCCGAGGCUGCUCUACCGCAACGGGCAAGAACCUGCAAUCUAUUCUCUUCCUCCUGGUCGAUCACAAGAUCCGCCUCCGUCCAGGGCUCGCGUCCAAUUUCUCUACCCCUCUCUUCGUUACAAACUCACAGCUGGGUUCGCAAGAAAGUGGAUCAUCUCGACGUCGUUCUUUGUUUGCUGGAGGCACUAGCGCUUGGCGCCAUAGAUUGCAGGGUAGGCGAUAUUACAACAGCGCGGCCAGAGGGGGGUGGACAAAGACACCGGCGUAGGGAAAACGUAGAUAAAUUGGCUGCUGGUAGCGCGCCAUUCCUUCUUUCCUUCCAUCCACUCUCUCUCAUUUUCAUGCUUCAAGACCUGCAUCAGUUUUAGCCUCACAUUAGCUCCUCAACAUACCGUCCUCAUCAUGAACUCACAACAGUACAACGCAAGUGACAAUCUCCCCUCCUCCCCAGGCAGCUUUAUCUCGGCAACCACAC